AUGUGGGGCUAUGGUGACCGUUCCCCAAUCGGCCAAUUGGGUCGCAUUUUUGCUGUGGGUUGGGUGUUGACAGGUCUCGUCAUUAUCGCAAUAACCGUGGCGGCUUUAACAACAGCGCUGACAGAAAUAACUGCACAUAGCAAAACCACAAUAUAUGGAUCCAAGGUUGGAGCAAUUCAAGGUUCUCCUGAAUACUAUCUUGGAAUCAGACGAAAUGCGAUUUUAAACAAAGAGAAAAACUAUCACUCAUUAGAAGAACUCUCCGACGCUCUCAUCAACAGAGAAGUCGAAGGUAUCCUAGUAGAUACAUACGCCGGUGGAAUGCGCCAAGAUCUCUUUUCUAAGCCUUCAAUUCGAGUGACCCAAAUCGUUGAUUAUCAAACCGCGUAUGGGAUAGUCAUAAGUGGAGAUUCGAUGCGCCUUAGAAAGUGUUUCCAUGAUUACAUGCGCUCGCAUCAAGCAGAGAUCUUUCAAUAUGUUGACCAACUUGUCGAACCUAUAAAGGGAUCGGGACUGAGCGACAGGGAAGAUAUUCAAGAUAUCUCGACUGGUUUGUUUGACAAAGAAAGUGACCUUUAUCAAAGCACACUUAUCAUUAUAGCCGCUUGUGCAAUAACAGCUGCUGCACUGGGGCUGCUCUUUGAAGCAAUCCGGAGACUACGAGAGCGGAAAAGAGUUCACGCCUGCGCUGUAACAUGUAAGCUAAGCUUAGCCUAUCAGUACAGCGAAGCGGUAAUACACUGCAAGCCAGAUUCAAGUAAAAGCUAUCCGAUUCCUAAGCAGUUAAAUGCAGGAACGUCUUUUGUGCCGGAAAUCAGAGAAACUUAG